AGCAUGCAGAUUUGGAGCUGCAGGAAGAGUGACUGCCUGGGCACCAGCUGCUCCCCUGCCCCCCACUUCCCUCAACCCCCAAAGCUGGCGACUCUCACAGAGGAGGAGACCCGGAAGGGGCUAGAUGUUCCAGCAAUUUUCUCCUCUGACAAGCCCCAGUCACCAUGAAUGCAAGUGAAUUCCGAAGGCGUGGGAGAGAAAUGGUGGAUUAUGUGGCUGACUACCUAGAAGGCAUUGAGGGACGCCAGGUCUACCCUGAUGUGGAGCCUGGCUACCUGCGCCCCCUGAUCCCUGCCACCGCCCCUCAGGAGCCAGACACAUUCGAGGACAUCAUGAAUGAUGUUGAGAAGAUCAUCAUGCCAGGGGUGACCCACUGGCACAGCCCCUACUUCUUUGCCUACUUCCCCACGGGCAGCUCGUACCCGGCCAUGCUGGCGGACAUGCUGUGUGGGGCCAUCGGCUGCAUCGGCUUCUCCUGGGCUGCAAGCCCGGCAUGCACGGAGCUGGAGACAGUGAUGAUGGACUGGCUCGGCAAGAUGCUGCAGCUUCCACAGGCGUUUCUGGCUGGGAAAGCGGGAGAAGGGGGUGGAGUGAUCCAGGGAAGUGCCAGCGAAGCUACUCUGGUGGCCUUGCUGGCUGCGCGUACCAAAGUGGUGCGCCGCCUACAGACCACCUCCCCGGGGCUGACGCAGGGCGCCGUCAUGGAUAAGCUAGUGGCCUAUGCAUCGGAUCAGGCACACUCUUCAGUGGAGAGAGCUGGCUUAAUUGGUGGAGUGAAAUUAAAAUCAAUCCCGUCAGAUGACAAAUUUGCCAUGCGUGCUUCUGCCCUGCAAGAGGCCCUGGAGACAGACAAGGCUGCUGGCCUGAUUCCUUUCUUUGUGGUGGCUACCCUGGGGACCACAGCCUGCUGUUCAUUUGACAAUCUCUUGGAAGUGGGUCCUAUCUGUCACAAGGAGGAAUUGUGGCUGCACAUUGAUGCGGCCUACGCGGGCAGCGCCUUCAUCUGCCCUGAGUUCCGGCAUCUUCUGAACGGAGUGGAGUUUGCAGAUUCAUUUAACUUUAAUCCCCACAAAUGGCUUUUGGUGAACUUUGACUGCUCUGCCAUGUGGGUGAAGAAGAGAACAGACCUCACAGGAGCCUUCAAGCUGGACCCUCUCUACCUGAAGCACAGCCACCAGGACUCAGGGCUUAUCACUGACUACAGGCACUGGCAGUUACCUCUGGGUCGAAGAUUUCGUUCUUUGAAGAUGUGGUUUGUUUUUAGGAUGUAUGGAGUUGAGGGGCUGCAGGCCUAUAUCCGCAAGCAUGUCCAGCUGUCUCACGAGUUUGAGUCUUUGGUGCACCAGGAUCCCCGCUUUGAAGUCUGUGCAGAAGUCACUCUGGGGCUGGUGUGUUUUCGGCUAAAGGGUUCCAACAAACUGAAUGAAAGUCUUCUGGAAAGAAUAAACAGCACCAAGAAAAUCCACUUGGUUCCAUGUCACCUCCGAGAGAAGUUUGUGCUGCGUUUUGCCAUCUGCUCUCGCACUGUGGAAUCUACUCAUGUGCAGCGGGCCUGGGAGCAUAUCCGAGAGCUGGCCUCCGACCUGAUGAGAGCAAAGAAGGAAUAAAAGGCACUGGCACUGCAGGUGAGUGGCUGCAGAGAUCAAAAGUCGAAAAGAAGUCUAUCUGAAAGCUGGAAGGAGAGGAAAACAAAUACCAGCCUGGCUCCAUGGAAUUGAGCCUGUGGCCUCACGUUUCUUUCUCUGAAGUUAUCCAGAAGCUUGUGAUUAUGUCUGUUCAGUCUCUUAUCAAUGAAGAAACAUUAUUUGCUACAUGAAAAGUUAAUCCCAGUGGAUACAGCUUUGCUUCAUCAUUUGGCAAUGUUUUUGGCUGGUUAAACAAAUCAUGGGGUUUUGUGUUCUGAAAGUAUUCAGGGUAGGAAGGCUCACUGAAAUAUUUUUCAGGGCCGUCUAUGAUUGUGGGACUUGAGAUUCUAGUGGUGAUCUUUAAGUUGUUCUGUCAUGUGGCUUAGUGCUUAAUAAACAACUUAAAGUGCA